AUGGAAAUGAUUUGUACUGUCAAGACGCUAGAUGACCUAACCGAUGAACUACAGAAACGUGGGUAUCAACUUUUGCGUAGCGCAGUUUAUCUACGUCUUUUACCUCGCAAAUCCUUGAGCAUCGAAGGAAAAAGGCAUGUAAAAACUGCGCCAGUAAGGUUAAUCAGAGCACAGAAUACUCAGCAUAGGAACCAUCCAGACACAAAAUUUGCAAGAUCGUCAAUACAGAGCCUGGAAGAGAUUGCUUCAUUACUUGGCCCCGAAGAAGUUACUUUCCACAGCCAGGUUAUCAUAUUUAGUACAAAAAUACAAUUCUGUUUUAUGGUAACUUUUCUUUGAAAUUAAGCAAAAAAUUUCAUGUUAUACGUUUUCAAAUUCUAUUUUUAAUAGGAUGAUAAAGCUCGUGUCCCCAUAGGUCUAACAGCAGCGAACAAGCAAAGCCCGAUGAUGAUGCAUAUGCAAUAUCGUGUUCAGCUAUCAGAUCACGACUUUGUCGUGGCAAAAUCUCAUAAGCUAAUUCCGUCCGUUAUAGCAGCUAUGAAAGUGAAAGAAAACUGUAUAGGAGAACAGGUAGAUCUAUUCGCCAUCAAGAGAAUUAUUUUUUCAAGUUGCAUUGACCAGUUUAAAAUACAUUAAAUUAUACACAAUUCUAAUUCAAUGAACUUGUGUUCUUCUUACAUCUCUUAAGGGUGUUACAUAUUCUGGACCAACUUACGUAGGAAUUUGCAGCGCAAAACACACGUUGUCAUCAGCAUAUGCACAUUUAAAGGAUAUGAACAGAGUAUGUGAGUUGUCAGAAUUUAAGGAAAGUCUUUUUACGAGUGAUGGUAUUAGCAAACCGAUCAUGAUGGUAACUGUAGAUGGUGGCCCAGACGAAAAUCCGAGGUAAUAUAAUUUUGUUUUUGAAGAAUGCAGGUCAAUAAAUGCAGUAAGGAAUAAUGAGAUAUUUCUCUUUCCUGUGUUUUAUAGAUACGAGAAAACCAUCAAGUGCUCUAUAAGCUACUUUUUGCAGCAUGAUCUGGAUGCAUUUUACCUAGCUACAAAUGCUCCUGGUCGAAGCGCAUUUAAUCGAGUUGAACGACGCAUGGCCCCUCUUAGCCAUGAUUUGGCUGGAGUAGUUUUACCUCACGAUACCUAUGGAACUCAUCUCAAUGCGAGGAACGAGACGGUUGACAAAGAAUUAGAGGUAAAAAAUUUUGCCAAAGCUGGUGAGACACUGGCUGAAAUUUGGGGCAAGACUGUGAUCGAUUGGGUAUGAUACUGUUGCUGAGUACAUUUCUCGGGAAUAUGAAACGUCCAUAUUGACUGAAAAAGAUCAGGAGUGGCAUGCAAAACAUGUUCGUGAGAGCCAGUAUUUAUUGCAAAUUGUGAAAUGCGACAAUCAAAGUUGCUGCGGUUCGAGAAGAAGUUCUCUUUUUCGAUUUCUACAUGAUGGAUUUUUACCUCCUCUUCCUGUUGUGCAAGGAAAGAAUGGCCUUGAGUAUGGAGAGAAUAAAGAAAACAGCAAAUUCGUUUCACUGUUUACAAAUCUUGCCAUCAACAAGAAUAUUUUUCCACCAAGAGUUGCUGUUAAGUUUCCAAAAGGCACCCCAUACGACUUUGCAUGUCCUAACGUUGAAAAGGAUUUACCAAGAAGGGUUUGUGCCAAAUGUGGUCUGUACUUUGCCACAAUCAAAUCUAAUGCGGCGCAUAAAGCAUGGUGCAGUGCAAGGUUAGUUUCAGGAAAAUAAUAUUAAAUAUAUAAAAUUAUAUUGUUUAUUUGUUUGUUAAAUUUUCUGGGCAAUUUUUCUGUUUUUAAGAACUCCAAUUUCUUGCUCAGUUGAACAGAUUCGUCCUCAAAGAAUUGCUGCACGCCGUCAAAGGGAGCUCAUGUGUGUUUUAGUUGAAGAAGAAAGCGCUAUGGAGGAGUUGGAGUGGCAUGAAGAGCAGUAUGUGGACACAACAGGCCUAAAUAUUCCCCAGCUGGAAAAUUAUGUUGAGAAUGGAACACCUGUAUAUACGCUGGAGGACAGAGCACCAGCUUGGAAAAAUGUUGAAGAUUAA